UGAAAGAUAGCCACACAUUUUAGCUUUCUCAUUUAUCUUCAAUUGCAGUAAUUUUCCACGCUUAAUUUUUUCACUGGGAUUUUCAUAUUCUGCCACUAAUCAGUGGCUCUGGCUGACUGCUGAAUUGAUUAUAGAUAGUAUAUAAGUAAUCCUCAUUCGGAAAUAUAGCAAUGCAAGCUAAAGAGAAUGACUCAGGCAAAUAAUUGCGGUGGGUGCAAGAGAUGGAGUCUUCAGGGAAUGACUGCACUCGUCACGGGUGGAACCAAAGGGCUCGGGCAUGCUGUUGUGGAGGAAUUUGCAGAGCUAGGUGCCAUCGUUCAUACAUGCUCCAGGAAUGAAGCAGAGCUUAAGGAAUGCUUAAGUGAAUGGGAAAAGAAAGGUUUCAAAGUCAGUGGUUCAGUCUGUGAUGUAUCAUCUCGACCUGAACGGGAGAAGUUAAUGAAGCAAGUCUCCUCUCUGUUUUACGGCAAACUCAACAUCCUUAUAAACAAUGCAGGGACAAAUAGGACCAAACCCACUGAGGAGUACAAGGCUGAAGACUUUUCUUUUCUCAUGACCACCAAUUUGGAGUCCGCUUACCACUUGUCUCAACUUGCACAUCCUCUUCUGAAAGCUUCAGGAUCAGCAAGUAUUAUUUUCAUGUCUUCGGUUUGUGGUGUAGUAUCAGUAAGUGUCGGAUCCAUAUAUGCUGCUACAAAAGGAGCCAUGAAUCAGCUUGCCAAAAAUUUGGCUUGUGAAUGGGCAAAAGACAAUAUAAGGACCAAUUCUGUGGCGCCUUGGUUUAUCAGAACUCCCCUAGCUGAACCUCUUCUGAAUGAUGAGAAAUUAUUGGAGGAAGUAAAAUGGCGAACUCCAAUGGGACGAAUCGGGGAGCCAAAGGAGGUGUCAUCUUUGGUGGCGUUCCUUAGCCUACCUGCAGCCUCGUACAUAAGUGGACAGACUAUUUGUGUGGAUGGAGGAUUUACAGUCAAUGGCUUCUUCUUCCCCAGAGCAUAACUUACAAGAAACACCUAAAAGGCCUAUUCACACCAAGUUGCUUGGUGUGCUGAAUUGUACAUCUUCUGAUGAUAUUCGAUUAAAUAAAACCUUGUAAUAUCGGGGAAGAUAACAAUUGAAAUUACUCUUUAUGCA